CGCCGUGACGUUAGGGUGUACCGCUCCCGCCACACCAUCACAUCAACACGUGUCGCUCAGUGUGUUGAGUAGUGAUUGUGAAUUUACGGAAUAUCGAUGCGAAUCACAAAUGCGUGUUUAAUACAUAACGAAAUGACUGGGCUAAGUUACUGUUCUCUGUUGGGUUAGGAUAAGGGCCACUUUAGUACGACAGUUGCUUGACGUUGGGCGACCUUUGAAGGACGAGGUGGAGGGUGGCCGACGCCCCUGGAGGCUGCAGUGUGGAACCCGGCGGCCUCCACGCCCAACACCCCCCACCCGACAUACGAUGCAGAGUUGAGCUUGCCAGAGUAUCACUAGGCCUACCAAAGUGUCACUAGGCCUGCCAGUGUCACUAGACCUACGGGAGAGUCAGUAGGCCUACCAAAGUGCCAGUAGGCCUACCAGAGUGCCAGUAGGCCUACCAGAGUGCCAGUAGGCCUGCGGGAGUGACGUAGGCACGAUGGCCCCGUGUAAGAGGCGCCGCUCUCCAAAAACUGAUAUUUAUUAACUAGAAAAACAAAAUACAAAACCAAGUGUUGACAAACAAUAUUAAUCUGCAAAGACAAAUAUUUCAAAUAAAGCAAAUACGAGUAAAAAGGAAAGAAGAAGAGUGGUGGCGGGAGUGAGAGCCCCGGGUGACAUGCCAGGGUCAAGGAAGGUAUGUUAGCUCAGAGCGCCACCGCGGCCUUGUACCUGCAGACGAGGGCUCGCCGGGAGCAGCGGCUCGCGCCCCACAACAACAACAAUACCCACAAUGCCAAGAACCGCAACGUCAAGAACAUCGAUGUCUUGCCGUGUUACUCGCCUCAGACACAUCACACACCCCAUAAUAUUGCAACAUAUGGUAACAUUAAGGAGACAGUUGCCAGGUGGCAUCAGUACAUUAGCAGCCCAAGUGCCCAGCCGCCCAGCGGCUCCUGUGAGUGUCACGACCCCACCAACUCCCAGCUCCUUCCCCAACCCAGUCAUCUUCAGCAUCAAAGUGUUCUUCAGCAGCUCCUGGCACGGCAGCCUUGGGGCCUGUCCAGGUGUCAGCAGCCCGGUAGCCUCCAAAGGUCUCAACAGUUCAGCAGUAACUUGCAAGAGUCCCGUCAGCUGGGCAGACAGCACGUGUCCCAGCCUAGUUGUCUUCUAGUGUCCCACAAACCCUGUAGCAUCCAUGCGCCUCAACCGCCAAGUAUCCCACACGUAUCCCAGCAACCAAGUGUAUCACGUGUGUCCCAGGAGUCAAGUGUCCCGUACGCAUCCCAGCACCCACGGGAUCUAUUCUUGACUGAUCAAUCAAGUGGAAGUCAGCUAUCGCAGCUGGUUUCAAAGUUCACGGCUUGGAGCGAACAACACUUGAAAGGUGAGAGUUGGAAAAUCAACAAUUGGAAAUACCCAGAAUGGACAAAGUCUGGAAACUGGACUCCAGAGUGGCUCAGAAAUAAUGAAAUUGGGAAGUUUUUAACGAAAUCCAAGGACUGGGGAAGUGAGUGGUUGACUGGGGAGCGGGAGCACUCUCAACCCUCAGACAUGCCACUUGUGCCCAUAGGUGACUGGCUGGGGCUUCGUGAAGACGUCCAGGAGGGCAUAGAGAUGAUCGUUGCGUCUUAUGCGCAAGUGCUAAGGAGGUGUCUGCCGGCCGUGCUGGUGUACGACAGCGGCGUGUGUACCAGGGAGGAGGAUGACCCCGCCCACGCCGUCCUCUACUUCCGACCACGCCACACGCCCACCACCGCCCGCACCGCCCUCGCAGGCCAGCUGGCGGGCGUGGUCCACUUCUGCCGCCACGCCUUCGCCACGCCCACCAUCGUGCGCACCAGACACGCCCACAUUGCGCUCAAAGACUACGGUCGUUUCGUCGUGAUGGUGUGUGGGCGUGGCGGAGAGUGGGCGAGGGCGAGACUGACGGAGGUGACGAGGCUGCUGGACGCCUCCACGGGCGGCCUGCCUCACCUCUGGCUCACCUGCGGCUAUAAUCAACACGUCUUCACCGACAGGCUGACUGAGGUCCUGGACGCCCUGCUGCCACAAGCCCUGCCUGACGCAGACUUCGGGGAGGACGAGCCCUUGGAGUCACCUUACAGUACCUCCUCCAGUACGCCUUCCCCUGCCACUGAGGCCUCAGAGAGCAGCGGCGUGGCCGGAAAUGGCGGCGGGACCAGCCGGAAGGAGGAGAGGGAGGAGGAGGAGGAGGAGGAGGCACUAAAGCUCCUACACAGGAUAUUCAAUGCUGUUCCCUCCGUCCAGCUGCCCAAGAGCGGGGGCGGAGUGUUCCUGAGGGCGCAGCAGCUGGUGGAGAUAUGCCAGCAGCAACCCGGGGUCCUGGCCGGCGCCACCAUGCAUAAAGACAGGGUACUCAACUCUCAGAUGAACAGUGAUCUGGCGCACGUGUUGGCCUCCAUUCCCGUACACAACCAGAAGAAGGAGGUGUUGGAGGAUCGCCGUGUGGAGUACCAGCUGCCAGGUGGCGUGCAGCUGCUGAGGCUGCACGUGCCCAAGGAGACCCACGCCAUGCUCCGUGCCCACCUCCCUAAGUCCAUGCCGCGCCGCGGAGAACGUGGACUGCACAGUGAAGCAGCAUCCAUGGACCUAGCAUCUCUCCGCUCCGUCCUGCUCUCCCGCCAGUCCCUCCAUUCCUACCCCUCCACUCUGCCAACUGCCACAGAGACCUCCCUAGAGAGGUGCUCAAGCCCCCAAGAAUCACAAAAGCUCAGACCGCAUCCCCCUAGAGGCCCGAGUCUCAUGGCAAGGAUAAGUGGAUGUAGUGACCUGGAGUCACGUCCCUCACAGAGCUUACCCGGAUCACCCAGAAAAAUCCGUGUGGCAGCUACAUUACCAGAUGUGGGUGGAAACUCACCUGACCUACGCUACAAAGUGCUGGUUGGGCGCAAGGCUAGACCACCAGCUUCUUCACACUCUACACCACGUAGGAUGCCCGGUGGUCGUAAUGGUUUAUCUAGAAACCAUGACACGGCCAAUAAUGGAAUCAAUCUGACAUCAAAACGUGGGUUUGGGGUAGGAAUAACAGGGUUGCCACGUUAUAAUGUAGACAAGAGAAAUACUCCAAAUAAUAAGCUACUUAAUAACACAAGUGAUUUACCCAAACCAAUCCUCAAGAAUGGUACGGUAACUCUAUAUGACUCUGAAAAAAGUGAAAGUGGUUUUGAGGAUGGCAUUCAAUCUGACAGUGAGCUUAACAUUAAAAACACCAAAAAUAAAUUGAAUUUGCAGUUUGCCCCUGACAAGAUUAAUAGACCAAGCCAUGAAAUAGAAUUGGAUGGGUUGAGCAAUGAUGAGCCAAAAAUUACUAGAGAAAUUAAUGGGAACCUUUCAAAAGACUACGAUUCAAAUGGUAAAGAUAGUCCAAAUGGUAAUCUGGUAAACUUGAGGUCACAAAUGAUGGAUUUUAAAGAUGAAUCUGAUACAUCCAGAAGCGAGGAGUCAGAAAUUAGUGUGCUAGAUCUUAGUUCUUUUAUUGAAACAAAAGAGAAUGGAGACCGACAACUGGCAGAGGCUGUAAGAGGCCUAAUGGAGCUGACGACAAGGGAUGCAGACCAAGACGCCUCAGUACCUGGUGGCCAGUCCAUUGAGAACCAGCUGAUGGAGUCUGGUGAGCAUGAUGUGAAUGGCUCAGCAGAGGGUUGGGAGGUGCUGACCCUGUACACUCAGAAGCACUCUGACACCGUUCUGCACCUGCUGCUCUCUUCUGCAGCACCAGCCAACCCACAGCUCAUCUAUUCCCUCUGGCGGCUGGGAUUGUCUGGCUUGGAGGAUGUGCAAGCAGCAGUGGAACGAGCAAUUGAGGUAUCUGAGGGAGGGGACGGAGGGGAUGCCUUUUUGCAGUGGUCAUACAGCGUCCUCUCUGCUGUUACGCCUGCAGCCCUUGAUAUGGCACUCAUUUCCACAGCCCAUCAGGACUUCAAACACAACCGAGAACUCAUGGAGGUCACCUUACGAAGUAGGGAGGCAGUACUUUGGGGUCAUCGGCACAGCAAUACUCAAACUUUCUACCAGGUGAACGCUGCCCCACGUCCUGGCCUGCCCAUCCCUUCAGAUAUUAUGGCCAAGGUGCCACACCGUGCUCGUCGCCGCCUUGACCGAGACCAUAACAUUACUCUCCUGUAGGAAAGUAAUGUUAAAAUGCCUCUCUGGACUAACUUUGUUAGUUAUUCACAGCAAAGAUUACUCUUCUGCUGCAGAGUAACAAUAUUUUGCAAUUCCUGAAUGCCAAAGACAUUUCUUUCAACAUUCCAAUAGUGACCAGCAUUAGCUUUUCGUAUGUGAUAAAAGUUGGAAAUUAUUAGCCUUUGAUAUAUUUCAAUACAGUUUGGAAGAUGCUUGUACAUCAUUGAGUCGUCUCUUCCUUAGCUUGUUCAUGCCUCUCUUCAAGACUGCAGCAGGAAAUGUUGGUGCCUGUCUUCAGCAGGUGACAAAAGACUGGUACUGACAUGUGUUGGGAUAUGUCCCUAAGCUUCUGUUGUCUGCAGCAGAAAAAAAAAAGAGAAAUUGAACCCGUCCUUCAUGUCGGUUACCAAUCAGUCCCAAUAACAUGAGCACCACUGAUGUCAUAUCAGGAUAUAUAUGACAAUCGACAAUAUAUUGAGCUCGUGUACUUCCUCCUCAACCACCAUCACCCACCAUCCAUCACCACUGCCAAAUGUUAACGACCUGUCAGACAACAGCAACACCACCAACUUCACCCACACCAGUCUCUGAAUCUGAGAAUACCAUGUAGAUGCCAAGAGCCCUCUGCUGCUGCUGCUACUGCUACUGCUGCUAUUACUACCUGACCCAGGAGCAGUGUUUGGUAUGAACAUUGUUGCUCUGGCAGUGAGCACAUGAAGAUGAUUUGUGUGAAGUAUUAUCUAGGGGUCAUGUCUCAUUACUAGGAAUUCUAGUAUUUAGGUCCACAAUGCGUUACUUCUGCCGUGCUCUCAUGUGUUUCUAUAAUUCAAGCUGUUUUAUUGUACAGUUGUUUAUUACAAUCAUAUUACAGAUUUAUUAUUCAGUAUUGUACAGCAGUAUUUAAUAUGUGUUUGUUUAUUGAUAUUUAUAGUGUUUUUGUUUUAUAAUGCUAAUAUACAUGUAGUUUACAUUUUACUUAAAACCAUAUAGAUAUAUAUCUACAUUUUAAAUGGUGGUUUGGUGGGGAAAAGGUGUUGCCAAAAAAGUCAGAGAAAACAAUUAUUUGUUAAUAAACUGAUGUAGUAAGUACUCAGAAUUUAUAAUUUAACAAAAAAUAUUUCAUUGAGUACCGUGGUCAACAAAUACUGACCAAAACCUCCUUUGAGUCCUAAGUCAUGUGAUCGGUUUCUUGCUUUUUCCCUGGCAAAGGUUUAAAGUUUGUGUAUGAAUCAUUUAUGUAAAAUCAUGAUUUGUAUACAGGAUGAUGUGUCCUGAAAAUACCCUAGACAUCUUUAUCUUAUAUUAUUAGAUGAAUUCAGUGGAUUGGUGGACAAGCUUGAGGAUGCACAAGGUGCUCAAAUAUGAAGAGAUAUUGGUAAACAUUUUAUAUGCUUCACUGGCCUUUCCAUUAUAUAAUGUAUUUAAAAUGUACUGUGAAUGACAUACUUAUGUAUGCAUAUAUGAAGCAUUUUCAGCCAUUUACUGAAGGUUAACCUUUACAAGUCAAUCACGAACUAUUUUAUGAUCUUCAGAGCAUUAUAGUGAGACACACAUGUCUUGUUCUGAAGUGUAUUGCUUAUGAGGUGUUUUGUGUGAAGCUUUGCCAGCCUUCACUUAUUGUCUUGGACAUUGCUCAGGUCAGUAUGGUCACAGCAAGCAGGUUGCAGAAUCAAGGAACAAUACUGCUAUCGACUCAAAUGGAGACAAUCCUGGUUUCAGGUUUCCACCUCUGAGCCAAGUUGUGAUCAUCCACUAUUGGGCAUGAUUUCAGGUUUCCACCAGUGAGCCUGGUCUGAAUCCUCAAGUGAGUCUUCUCUCAGACUCUACUAGUGAAUCAGUUGUAAAGUAAACUGAGACAGUUUACAUCUCAGACCAGUUAUAAACUUGGUCUCAGUUCUCAAGGAAUGAACUUGAUCCUGAUUCUCACAUCUAAUGAACUUGACCUCAGUCCUCCACCAAACCGCAGAAUUUUGGGUAGACCCAUGAAGCCCCAGGUGUUAGGGAGGUCCUGUGUGGGGCACUCAUAUCUGGCUUAUAAUUUAUAAAAAGGAAGUCAUACUUGUAUUGAAAUACUUUAGCAUGAGGGUAAUGGUCAGUGUUAUUGUGCUCUGAUUCUGUGGCCCUGCUGGAGUCAGUUGUAUUGAGUCAGCCUUCGUGAGUCUCCAACAGGACCUCAAAAGUGAAUCCCUCCAUGUACACAUUUGAGUCUCACAUGUAUGAUCCAUGUGACCUUGUCUUAUGAGUUACAUAUAUAAUUCGAGUGAUUGUGCAUCGUGAGAUAUACAUGUGAUCCAUGGGCUUGGACUCAUGAGUCCCAUAUAUAUAUGAUCCACAUAAUCUUGUUUCGUAUAGACAAAAAAUUAUCUGAAUGUUAUAACUGCUGGUCUGGUUUUUUAAACUGGAACAAAGUGCCACAAGAUGCUAAGUUUAUAGAUCUGUCAAAAGACUGAAGCUUAGGUGUCAUUUGUAUCAUACAUGAGUGUCAUACGAGUCGGCAUAGUCUAGAGCUUAUUGGCAGCCAGUCCACUCAAAUGUCACUGGCUCACACACUAUCUCCCUCUUGAUCAUACAGUAAGAUUUAUACAGCCUAUAUAAGGGUGUGAAGUGAUGAGGAAUGUCUGAAGGUGCUACUAAGCCGGCCUGUAAUGUUAGUGCACUUGUGUGAGCCAGGUGGCGUGAGGUGGGAUGGGCUAGCCUCGUCCGAACCCAAAGUCCAUCCAUGUGCCAACUGUUGCCCCAUUCCCUUCCUUUCCAGCUUUCCCUUUACCCCUUGUUUUGUAUAUCUUCUAGUUGCAGUUCCAUUUCUCAUUGAUACGUUUUUUAUGUCUUCUAGUUGCAGUUCCUUUUCUCAUAGAUAAGUUAUGCUGCACCUAAAUUUUUCUAAGACAACUAACGACAGAACUAGAAACUCUUUCCAAAAAUAAAAAAAAUAAAUUUUUUUGCCAUGGAGAUCACCUUAGGUCAUCAUGUCCUUCUGGUCUGUCAGUGUGUCCAUUUACAAGGAUUUUCUGGAGUGUUUUCCAAUCUUCCUGCUUUGAAUUUUCCAUUAGUGCCAUACCCUGUAGAAUGCUGUCUCCUUCAUUGUUGUUAGUAGUGACCCCCAAACUCCUCUGUCUUCUCUUCAGAGAUAUCCUUAAGACCUUUCUCUGCUGUAUUGUGCCCCUUAGCCUAUUAAGCUGUUGUCCUUAGGCCCCUACCCACAAGGGUAGGGGCAUAAUUCCUACUCUUCCCUUUGAAAAGUUUCCCCUUAGGUACCUGCCUUUAGCGAUAUUCUUUUAUUCCAGCCCUAAAGAGUGUUUCCCUUAGGUACUUGCUUCUCAAGUGGAACACAAACUCCUGCCCUUAUGCAGUACCCUGCCACAUGAUCCUUCCCUUUAGGUUCCUGGUAGUGGAUCCUGUGGCAUAAGAACCUAUUGUAAGAACCGACUGUCAUGCACAUUUUUCUUUUUAAAUGCCUUAAUACCUUAUAUUCCUUUUUGUACAAUCAAGACACGUCUCCUUUAAGUACGAGGUAAUUCAAAUUUUGAUCAAAUUCAGCUAAUACCUUACAUAAUGAAGUUUACCGAUGAUGUUUGACUUAUAUAAAAUACUCAUUUAAUCACUGUGUUGUCUUCGUUUUAGAAACAGGAAUAUUGUAUGAGUUUUUAUGGUACAUUUCUUAUAUUUUAUGUCUGGUUUUCCUGGCUGUCCUUCGUGCUGAGCUCCCAGCCAGUGGUCCAGGGCUGCUGAGGGAACUCUUCUACUAUACUUCAUAACUUGGCUGAUACACAGUACAGUAUUUCUAUCUCCAAUGGUCUCAGAACAGUCAAGUUCUUUCGCCCAGUGGUCCACUGGUGGCUUUCCAUGUUAUGUACAAUGUCUUUAUAAUGUGCAUUAUACAAUGAAUAAAAAUCUUUUGAUUUA